AAUAUUCUUAAAAAUAAUAAUAUCUUGCAAUUUAAGUGCAGAAAGAAAUCUUCAUUUUUUGUAUCUCAUUUUCAAUAUUCAUAUUUUUUUCUAUCUAUCUUUUAUUUUCUACAAAAACUUUCCCUUAUAAAUCGUUAAUCGUAUUAUGCAAUACUAUAUUUGAAUAGUAUACACGAAUAUCGUGUAUUUCCUUUUCAAAGUUUAAACUUUCUCCCGUAGCCAAAGCAAAGUUCAAUAUUUCAUUAUUCAGCGAUAAAUUUAAUCUCCAUAAUUCUCAAUUGCCAUAAUUAACCGCUUGGAAAUUGGAAAUCAAAAUGGAAAUUGAAAAUAGAAGAAGAAUAAUAGAAGAUCGUUAAUUCAUUUGUCAAAAAAAAAAAAAAAAAACAGCAAUUUAUUUUUGAAAUGAGAUUAUCCAAUAGAAAAUUUCUUCCCUCCUACACUGCACUAAAAGUUACAAAAUACGAAUUUUUCUCCUCGAUAUAUGUAUUUGUCAAAAACAAAUCCUGUUGAAAUUCCUCGACUUUAGAGAGACAAGGUGUUUGACUCUGAUAAUUAACAAGAACUUUGGAGAAGGUGAAAGUAAAGUAAGGACUCGAAAAUAUAUGUCAAGGAUUUCUUCUCUAACCAAUAAGGCGACUAUAUGUCGCGUCGCACAUGAGUUGCACAAAUUGAUUACGCAGAAUAUUGGAAGUUGAACUUUUCCACGCAAAAUAAAAAAAAAAAAAAAAAAUACCAAGAAUGGAGAAUGUAACGAUUAUCGGUCUACGAGUGGAGAAAUUCAAGAAGAAUUUUUUCAAGCAUUACCAAGAGCAUUUCCCAACUUUGUUUAACAUUACUUUCGACCCGAUAGGCACUCACAAGACCUCACGUGCCAUAAUCGGUUUCCUUCUUGGCUUUUUUAUGGGUGUUCUUUUGUACGAACUCAUUAUCGUUGAUUUACAAUUCGACGCAUAUACCACCGUGUGUCUCGGUGGUAUUCUGAUUUUGAUGUUAUCGAUUGGAUGUGCUGUUUCGAUUCAGGUGAGAUGUAUUUCCAUUUUAACGAUUCCAACAUUUUUUGGACGAGCUGGACGAAGCGUGUUACGAGCAUUGAUUUUUGGAUACGUAAUUGCUGGACCAUUGUUUAAUUUGUUAUUUAACACUAAGGAAGUAAUAAGAACAUUUGGAUGCACAUCACAACUGACAUACAAUCUUACCAAGACAAGAUUCGAUUUAAUGUUCAAGCCAUUCCAACAGGCAAUCCAUGCUAUGAAAGCGGAUGCAAGCGAGAUAAAAGACACCCUCUCUUCGAUCAGGGAUUUGAUGAGUCCAGUUGUCGAAGAAAUAGAAGGGGAAGAAGAAAUGAUACGGUUAAAAGAGGAGAACGAUUAUCUAGACGAGUUGCAAGGUGAUUCAAAAAGAAGCAAAGAAAUGGAGGAAAAGCACGAGAAGAAAGUUGAAAGUGCCAAAUCAGAAGGUGAAGUGUACGAAGCUAAGUAUAAGAAGAAGAUUGAAGCUCGAUGCGAAGAGCAACUUAGCCGAGGUGCACAAAGAUGUAGGGAUAUGUUUGGCACCGCUUAUGACAAAUGUUACGAGAAAGUGUCUGUAUUUGUUGCUUGGCUAAUAUGUUGGCCAAUGAAGCUGACUUUCGUCUGUAAUCUGGUCCAAGCAUUGGGUGGUUCUAGUAUCUGUGAUCCUGAGGGAAAAGUCGAUAGUGGUAUAGGCGAGGGAUACGUCGCUUUAAAAAGUGCCCGAGACGAAUUCAGCAGGAGCCUGAAAGAUGCGAAACUCCAAUACAAAGUGAAAGUACCACCGGUGAUUUUGGAUCUUCAAGAUACCGAGGACGCUGCCAAAGCUGUUGUACACGAAUUCUCUGUACGAAGGAAACUUUUCAAGUCCGUGAUGACCCUCAUAAAGAGAUGCUUGUCGUUUAUAUUCCUGAAGAUCAUUCUCGACGCUCUGAGUUACAAUGACAAAUAUUUAUCAGAUAUCGAAUUCGACAACGUCUACGUGACGUCUUAUUUCCGGAGAAUAGACGCGAGAAGGAAAGUUCGUGGCAGUUUGACUUUGUUGCCGUUCAAGAAACUCGAGAAGAGGAAGUUCAUCGACCCCUACCAUCCGAUACCGACCAAAAUCGAAGGACUUCACUUGAUAGGUCAGCUGGUUAAACUUCUUCUUGAAUUCAUCAUCGUCACCAUUUUUGUAAUCCUGGAUUGGCUAUUCUACGAAGUGUUGGAUAUAAUCAGAAGGCACGCUUACAUGGAAUAUACUCAGAGAGGCCACCACGAUCUGAGCCUGGAAAUCCGAGGUACCGGGGUGAUCGCGUCGUUGAUUCGAAGCGCGGUCCGCGGUUUCAACGUGAAGAAACGGGUGAAAACCGUAGUAACGAACAAGGCUUGCCUACCACGACCCACGAAACUUCCUGGCUACAUAAUAUUCAAGAUCUACGGUACCUUCUUCUUGGUCUUCCUUCUCAUCUUCGGUUCCAUAUACACGCAGAGGAUGCGUCGCGGCAUUUGCUCGUUCUUUUAUCGAAGAAGGGAGAAGAGGCGGGUAUUGUACCUCUACAACGAGACUCUACGGCGAAGGCUUAUGCACGCCAAGUUCAUGAAGGCCAAGGUGAGGAACAUGGCCAGAACACGCCGUUUGGAGUACGAGAUUGAUUUCUGGUUGGCGCUCAGGCUCAAGUGGCCGAAACGUUUUGGAUGGUUGAGAUACUUCGAAUGCGCAAGGGAGAGGUGUUUGAUUUGCGAGGAUCCGGAGCCCAGGAAGGGGCCAAGGUAUCGGCCCUGCCCCAAUCCGAGUUGUCCAUUCUUGUAUUGCGAGGAAUGUUGGAGGGAUGUAGGGAGGAUUUGCUACGCUUGCGCAGAGCUCUCUGACACGGAGACGGAAGAAUACGACACUCAACGCAGUGAUUUCUAGAUUUAUGAUGAUUUAUUUGAUCGAUUAUAUAUAAAAGAGGAUAUUGGUUUAUAGGACGAUAUUAAUUGUUAUUCAUAUUUGAAGUACAUCUUCAAUAUUCAAGGAUAUAGUAUAUGUGUAUUGUUGAGUAUAUCAAUUUAAGUUUCUUGAAAAAAAUGAUAGAGAUAAAGGAAAGAAGUUGGAGAUGAAGUAUGUUAAUAAUUCAUAUGUUAAUACUGUGAUUUUUUUAAUUGAAUGUCAGUUAUAUAUUAAUCGUUGAAUAUAAUUCCGGAAAGUGGAAAAUGAAAAGAAGCGAUGAAAAAUGAUUCCUGAGGA